CAUCGAUGUAUUCUUACAUCCCUAGCCUGACUGAGGUUGCAGGAAUCUUCUGGCGUCCCCCUUCUCGUCCUUUCGUAGGCUCUCAUGUGAGACCGCGAGCGUGGAUCUGCGACUGGGACUUCGACUGCUGAGCGCCGGGCGUAGGACAAGAUGACCACCAGCAGUGAGGACGUGCUGCUCCAGAUGGGCGAGGUGCGGUACAAGAAGGGCGACGGCACGCUCUACGUAAUGAACGAGCGUGUGGCCUGGAUGGCGGAACACAGGGACACGGUGACAGUCUCCCAUCGUUAUGCGGAUAUAAAGACCCAAAAGAUAUCUCCUGAGGGCAAACCCAAGGUGCAGCUGCAAGUGGUACUCCACGACGGAAACACAUCAACCUUCCACUUUGUCAACCGCCAGGGACAGGCCGCCAUGCUUGCCGAUAGAGACAAGGUCAAGGAGCUCUUGCAGCAACUGCUUCCCAACUUCAAGCGCAAGGUGGACAAAGACCUGGAAGACAAGAACCGGAUCCUUGUUGAGAAUCCCAACCUGCUGCAGCUCUACAAGGACCUUGUCAUAACCAAAGUCCUAACCAGCGAUGAGUUCUGGGCUACGCAUGCCAAGGAUCACGCCCUUAAGAAAAUGGGCAGGUCCCAGGAGAUCGGUGUUUCUGGCGCCUUUUUGGCCGACAUAAAACCGCAGACAGAUGGCUGCAAUGGCCUCAAGUACAACCUCACCUCUGAUGUGAUUCACUGCAUUUUCAAGACCUAUCCCGCCGUUAAACGCAAACAUUUUGAGAAUGUGCCUGCCAAAAUGUCCGAGGCCGAGUUUUGGACCAAGUUUUUCCAAUCACACUACUUUCAUCGUGACAGACUGACAGCCGGCACAAAAGAUAUAUUUACGGAGUGCGGCAAGAUUGAUGAUCAGGCAUUAAAAGCGGCUGUCCAGCAGGGAGCUGGUGAUCCUUUGCUAGACCUUAAAAAGUUUGAGGAUGUUCCUUUGGAGGAGGGCUUUGGCAGCGUAGCCGGGGACCGCAACGUCGUGAACAGCGGGAAUAUUGUGCACCAAAACAUGAUCAAGCGAUUCAACCAGCAUUCCAUCAUGGUGCUCAAGACCUGUGCUAACGUGACCUCAGCGCCGUCAACUAUGACAAAUGGUACCAAUAAUGCCAACGGGCCUGUUUCUCAAUCCGCCUAUACGAACGGUAUGAAUGGAAAGGCCCAGGCCACCGCGACGAAGAGUUCCGCCGAUCAGGUGGACAAAGACGAGCCGCAGAGCAAAAAGCAACGACUGAUGGAAAAGAUUCACUAUGAGGAUCUCGGGGAUCCUCUAUUGGAGGAAGAAGAUGAUCCCGCCAACGGCGAGAAAGCCAAGUCUAAGCAGUUCGAACUGUCCAAAGUGGAGCGUUACCUCAAUGGCCCUGUCCAGAACAGCAUGUACGACAACCACAACGAUCCAAUGAGUCUGGAAGAGGUACAGUACAAGCUGGUGCGGAAUUCGGAGUCAUGGCUAAAUCGCAACGUGCAACGAACGUUCAUCUGUUCCAAGGCGGCAGUAAAUGCUCUGGGUGAACUAAGUCCUGGCGGUUCCAUGAUGCGCGGUUUCCAAGAGCAGUCAGCGGGACAACUUGUGCCGAAUGACUUCCAACGAGAGCUGCGCCACUUAUACCUUUCGCUGUCCGAGCUGCUGAAACACUUUUGGAGCUGCUUUCCGCCCACCACAGAAGAGUUGGAGACAAAAUUACAUCGUAUGCACGAGACGUUGCAGCGCUUCAAAAUGGCAAAACUAGUGCCUUUUGAGAACCGCGCUAUGCACGAACUCUCGCCACUGCGAUCCUCGCUGACGCAGCACAUGAACCAGCUGCUGCGCACCGCCAACAGCAAGUUCGCCACUUGGAAGGAGCGAAAACUGCGUAACAACAGGUAGCAAACGCUCAACGGAGGCGAGCUCGAGCAUCUGCCACACACCUCAAGAACCAUUAUUAUAGACUAGGCUUAACUGUAAGAGU